UCCACGGUGACCCCCUGCCAGCAACAAGGACACCAAGGCUCAAAGAAAUCCGUUUGUGUCUCAAGAAGCGUGCAGGGCGGGACGAACAAGCCACUGCUGGAACGCAUGCAGAGCUCACGCUCUAAGCUCUGUGGGAUUCCACGUCUUCGUGCAUUUACUUUCUCCUGGGGUCGCCGAGCUGCCCCGUGACAAGGGUGCUCCUCUGAGGGUCCCCGGGCCUGCUCAGGCCUGCUGGACCCCCUGAGGGUCCCGGUGUCGGGUACCCGCAGGUCUGUGCCCAGAAGCCCAUGAGGCGAGGUGGAGGGGGAAGGCUCCACCCUGGGACGGCUCAGGGCGCCGUUAAACCCCCCAGGCCGUGGUGCAGAGGCUCUCGGUGGGCCUGGACAGCUCUCCAGCCCGCCUGGGCUGUAUUUUCACAGAGGAGGCAGCUGGGGAACCGGUGAACUUGGGCGUGUGACGAUGCGGAAAUGCGAAGGCACCGUCUCUGGUGACCCGUAUUGCAAAACCCGCAAAAGGAAGUUGUGUUUUGCUGCAACCUGAAGUCAGCCCUGGGCAGAAGUGCGCCCUCCCGGGACAGCAGGACCCCUGUUUCAAACCUGCUGGACAGGAAGGAGAUUUUCAGCCGACCUCCCAGCCCCGCUCAUGCUCACAGCCUGAGGCAGCCAACCCAGACCCCGAGCGUGGCCGGCAGGGAGCCAAGAGCAGAGCCCUCCCUGGAGACCUGGGCGUCAGGCAGCCCCCCGGCCAGCUCCCCACGGAGCUCAGGCAGCUUAGCUGUGAGGAUGGAGUCAGGAGGGGGCUCAUCAACAGCCCAGGCCCCUGUCGCUGCCCUGGGGGAGCCGAACUCUGGGCCUGGCUAUUCCUCCCUGGAGCUCCCGAGGGCAGACCCAGGGAAGCUGCGAGCACUGCCACUCGGGCCUAGAGCCCACAGCAAGGACCCUGACCCCAGGAGCCCUGGCAGCCCAGCUGCUGCAGGGAAUGGCCCCGCAGGCACAGGCCCUUCGGGGGAGCUGAACGGUGCUGCUAAACUCCCCAACCGGGACAGUGGGAUCGACAGUCCAUCCUGCAGCAUGGCUAGCGACCAGUUCCCCUGUGAGGAGGGCAGCGAGGCAGGCCGGGGCCCCGCAGUCCUGGGGCCACACCUAGACGCAGCCCCAGAAGGCAAGGCCCUGCAGGAGGCGGCCGAUAGCGACGUGGGCGAAGGUAGCGGUGAGGAGCCUGACCCCGAGAACACCCCCCCGGAGGCCCCUGCGGACCUGGCCAAGUGCUCUGAGCCCCAGAAGCUGCUCCACAUCGCCCAGGAGCUCCUGCACACCGAGGAGACCUACGUGCAGCGGCUGCACCUGCUAGACCAGGUUUUCUGCACCCAGCUGACGGAAGCUGGCAUCCCUUCGGAGGUCACCACAGGCAUCUUCUCCAACAUCUCCUCCAUCUCUCGCUUCCACGGGCACUUCCUUCUCCCCGAGCUGCAGACGCGGAUCACGCAGGAGUGGGUCCUGGCCAACCCGGACCCGCAGUGUCCCCACGCCUUAGCUUCUCCGUCUGCACAUCAGAGCGAUUUUAAUACCCGCUCAGACUCUGUGGGAUCCGCACACCAAACAGCAAGUAAACAGAGGGACACGAACCCCCGGCUCGGGGACAUCCUGCAGAAGCUGGCCCCAUUCCUCAAGAUGUACGGCGAGUACGUCAAGAACUUUGACCGGGCCGUGGAGCUGGUGAGCACCUGGACCCAGCGCUCGCCGGUGUUCAAGGACGUUGUCCACGGCAUCCAGAAGCAGGAGGUGUGCGGGAACCUGACGCUGCAGCACCACAUGCUGGAGCCCGUGCAGAGGGUCCCACGCUACGAGUUGCUGCUCAAGGACUAUCUGAAGAGGCUCCCAGGAGACGCCCCCGACCGGAAGGAUGCAGAAAGGUCCUUGGAGCUCAUCUCCACCGCUGCCAACCACUCCAAUGCCGCCAUUCGGAAAAUGGAGAAAAUGCACAAGCUCCUGGAGGUGUACGAGCGACUGGGUGGGGAGGAGGACAUCGUCAACCCCGCCAACGAGCUGAUCAAGGAGGGCCCCAUCCAGAAGCUGUCGGCCAAGAACGGCACUGCGCAGGACCGCCACCUCUUCCUGUUCAACAGCAUGAUUCUUUACUGUGUGCCCAAACUGCGGCUCAUGGGCCAGAAGUUCAGUGUCCGGGAGAAAAUGGACAUUUCGGGCCUCCAGGUGCAGGAUAUCGUCAAGCCAAAUGCAGCCCACACAUUCAUCAUAACGGGAAGGAGACGGUCCCUGGAGCUGCAGACUCGGACGGAAGAGGAGAAAAAAGAAUGGAUUCAGGUCAUCGAGGCCACCAUCGAGAGGCACAAGCAGAACAGCCAGACCUUCAAGGCCUUCAGUGGCUCCUUCGGCCAGGAUGAGGACCCCUCCCUCGCUCCAGAUUCCCCUGUGGUGGGCACCAGCUUGGAGGAGCCUGUGGUGGCAGCCAGCGGUGGCGGGGGUGCUGCAGGGCUCGAGCCCAGGAGAGGGUCCGCUAAGACCAGGCGCGACAAGGAGAAGCAGGGCUGCAGGAGCUGUGGCGAGACUUUCAACUCCAUCACCAAGAGGAAGCAUCGGUGCAAGCUGUGUGGGGCGGUCAUUUGUGGGAAGUGCUCCGAGUUCAAGUCGGAAAAUGGCAGGCAGAGCCGCGUCUGCCGAGAGUGUUUCCUGACGCAGCAGGCAGUACCCGAGAGCCCCAGCCCCGAGGCGGCACCCGAGGAGCCCAAGCACAGCACAGAGCCAGCGGCUGUGGAGCACCAGCCCAGCCUGCUCUGCAGCUCCCUGCAGGUGUCGGAUAACGGUGUGGCCUGGAGCGAGGUGUGGGCCACCAUCCCAGCAUCAGACCCCCUGGAGCUGGUGCUGCACCUGCAGGGAGACAGCCAGGACAGCUGGCCGCCACGCACCAUCCCCCUCUCUGGCUGCACGGUGAGCGUGUUGGACCCCGUGGAGGGGCCGGACACCAGGCAUGUGUGGCGGCUACAGCAGGCCCAGCGGUCCUUGUACCUGAGCACCCUGUCAGCGGACCUGCGGCAGCAGUGGCUGGACGCCCUGAGCGCGGCUGCCCGCGGGGACCCAAGCCUGGCGGCCCCAUGAGCUGAGCCUCAGCCAGCUGUCCCAGCUCUGUGGCCACCCCAGCAGGGCCUGUGCCCACCCGGGAGGUGGUGUUGGAGGCUGUGUACUGGCAUGCAGGGCUCCCAGACUGCUGGGGGCAGACAGGCCACAGGACACUUAACCCUGGAGGGACCUCUCUGAAGCAGAGGAAACAGGCCCACGCACCCAGCAUGUGUCCACGAAGAGCCCCAGCGGCGUGGCCUGGAGCGGGGUGCAGGCAGACGGUCCAGUGUGGGGCACCCAGCUCCGGAAGGCAGAAGGAACGUCCUGGGGGUGCCGGGGGACCCCUGGUGGAGGUCUGCGGCCAUGAUCGUCCUCCCAGCCGCCCGCCCCAUGCCGUCUGUACCGCGUGAGCCGAACUGUGACUGGCCCCGGACUCCACCUCCCUCCUCUGCUGCCUCCUGGACCCACAGCCCGCCUCCCUGUUUGGAGGGGCCAGUGGUCGCCAGGGGCAUCCCUGCAGGACCUCCCUGAGAAACUCCGUGGAGGCCAGCAGAGGCCUGCCCCUGCACCACGUGGGCCCGAGAUCUGUGUCUGUGUCCCCUGGCCCGCGGUGGGCGGUGCUGGUCUGCGAAAAUAAAGGCUGGGAGCCAGCAGCCGGGCACAGCCUCAGGGCAGGGGCCCCAAGGUGGGCCGGCCAAUGGUCAGGCCGGGGAGAGGGUGAGGGCACAGCUAAGUCUGCGGGGGCAGGUUCCACUGCUGUGGGUGGGGGAGGCAGUGAAGCACCCAGGCCCAGCUGGCCCCUCUCCCUGGGCCAGUCCCUUCUCCUCCGACCUUUGCUUUCUGUGUUCACUGAGCACCUCCUGUGUCCACAGGCCUACUGCGCUCUUCUCAGGGGCGCCCUGUCCGGGGCGUUCCCACUUGACAGCUGAGGAAAUGAGUCAGAGGAGGUCCCGCGGGUCCCAGAACUCCAGACAGAGGGAGCAGCCGGGACGGACCCCUGGGUAUGGCGACGCUCCACUGGGGUUGGAGGUGACACUAGGCCCCCCAAAGCAGGUGCCCACCUGGGGUCCUCCUGGCCGGCCCCCCAGUGAGUUCUCUGGGCCCUGUCCUGCCCAGCAGCCUGGGGUCUCCACACGCAGGUUCCCAUGGUGACCUCAGGUGGGCCCUGCCCUCGCGGGGCAGCCCUGAAGCUGGCGUGCUGCCCCCUGCAGAGUCCGCCGCAGUCCACGGGAGAGCCCGGGGGCCAGCAUGGGCGCCACAGCCUGGGGCUGCGGCAGGACCGGGAGGCAUGGCCCCGCUGCCCGUUUUGGACCGGGCCUUGAGGCUGUGAGGGAAGGAGUUCCCUCCGCGUGGAGCCACAUUUCCUGCAGUGUGGGGAGUGGUGCCUGGGUGUGGGAGGAGCGGUCAGAGGAGGGGAGGGCCCUGGGAGACCACCCUCCCGGGCAGGUGUUGCAGGAAGAGCACCCAGGCCUAGGGCAGGGCCACAAGGGGCCAGCAGAGUGGGCGGGGGGUCGCAGGUCCUGGCGCCAGGUCUCCCCAGCCCAAAGGGCUGGCGCUGCUCUGAGAGGCAGGGGCCGUGGGGUGGACUUGGGAGUGUGAACGGGCCUGGCUGGCUGCCGCGGGGUCGGUCAGCGUGCAGAUGGAGAUGGGCCCGGACGCCCAGCAGGUCUCUAGGAAGAGCCUGUGAUGGGCAAGUCAGAGGCUGCGGCUUGCGGCUGUCGGAGAGAGGACUUCUGCAGAGUGUGCGGCCCCAGGGCCUGGGCUCCUGCCCACCCACGGAGGGCAGGGGCUCUCAGCCUCUCUGCCGGCUUCCUCCUCGUCCCACCAGCAGCCCCCACCCUGCAGGCACAGGAGGCCAUUCCUGCGGGGAAGGAGGCCCUGGGGUCCUGACGGGAGGACGGGAUGGGGUCUGCAGUGCCCACCUGCCCAGCCUGAUGCCAGGCCCAGGGGCCGUGGUGGCAGUGAGGGGUCUGCCUGAGUGGUUUCCACGGGAGGAGGAGUGGAGGACAAAGGGAGAGGUGAGCGCACAGGGGCCUCUCCACCACCUGCAUGGUGCUCAGAGCCCGGGCUCCCGUCGAGGGUUCCAGGGCCUGCUGACCACCCCACUGCCAGAACACGCAUCCUCACGAGGCCCAGAGCAGGUGCUGGUGGCCUCCCCCGCGGUCCUGGAAAGCGGAAGGAGCCAGCCACUUGCUGAGAAGAAUUACUGCUCAGAGGUGUCUUUGCUGUAGAGAAACAGGCCCAGAGAGGGAGAUACACUUGCCCCAGGUCACACAGCAAGCCAGGGGCUCAGCCAGCGGUCAUUCUUUCACUCUUCAUCCACCUGUUAAUGCAACGGGCCCAACGGGCACAGCGGGCAUGCCUCCUGUGGAUUUCUGGCACGGGGUCAGACAGCGCCCUGCAGACCCUGGUCCUUGCACGCAUCUGGCCUCAUUUUGCCCCCCACACCUCACACCCAGGCCCCCUGGCCCCAGCACCGGACCCACCUCCUUCCCACCUCCCACUGGUCUUUUUGAGACCCUGCUGGAUGUGCCUGUGCAUCAGCCUCUCUGCUGUUUGCUCGGGUACGUAUGUGCCCUGUUGUUGAACCUCUGCCCCCCAUGUAGCGCAGAGGCUCCCAGGGCAGGACGCAGAACCCACAGAGGGGCCUGGCUCGUAGCAGGUGCUCUCUAUCUGCCAACAGCUGUGGUAAAGGCUCGGGGACACUGUUCUCGGGUGCUCCAGAGGGAUUCGCACCAGGCCUGUCCACCUGUCACCCCAGCAUCUCCAUCUUCCCCAGAUGACGCGGCCGUGACCCCUAAGAGGCUCCUCGUGGUCCUGAGGGGUUCCGCGUGGUCCCCAGGAGAGUCUGAGGGGUCCCAGGGGCUCCCAGUGUUCUGGAAGCAGUCAGCUGUGACGAAAGGCCGGCUGCUCCUGGGCCAAACAGCCUCACACCCACCGCUGCUCCCGAUUUAUGAGGAGGAAACUGAGGGCCCAAGGAGGUGGGCGGCACCAGGACACGUCGUGGGGCAUAGCCAGGUGCCCACCCGACAUUCUGCACAUUCCAUCCUGGGAAACUAGCCUCCUCCGCCCUGCUGGCUCCAAGGCCUGCCAGGCCCGGCCCGGCCCCGCUAGCUGGCUGGACUUCUGGGCCUGGUGCCUGCCUGUGUGGGUGCAGAGCACUGAUGGGGCCCCUGGCCGAUGGCACUGGUGCAGCCUGCAGGCUCCCCUCUUCGGCCCUGUGUGCUCAGGCCUCCAAGCCUUGUUGGCACCCCUGGUGGGAGCAUCGCAGACCACCUCCCUCCUCCCUCGUCCCUGGUCAGGGCUGGUCCUGAUGGCCCUCAGCCUUUGGCGGUGUGGGGGCCAGAUGGCCAAACCAGGACUGGGGAACAGACACAUCUCUGCCUUCCUCCAAAGCGGCUGUGUGAGAACAAAGCACAUGGAGUGAGAUUUCCUGCUCACCGCUGCCCGCCCCACCCCACAGCCACCGUCUGUAGGGACGAGCAUGCGGCCUCCACCAUGUCCUGCCUUGGCCCUGUCUCCCCACCUGAAUGCGGGCUGGCAGUGUCCCUGGGACGGACAGACUGUCCCCUUUCCCGCCAAGGCCAGCUCACUGCUGUGAGGCAAGUCUCCACCCUUGACAGGGGGCUCGGCCUCCCUGGGCCUUGUCAAGACCCAGAGAAGCAAAUGACACCCCCAAAACGACAUCCGCCCCAGGGGCACCAGGACCACUGCUGACAACUGAGCAGCACAUCCACUUCAAGAAAAAUACUGGGGUCACUCCCAAGGACCCCCACUCCCCAGAGCAGGAAGUGCAUGUGGCCUUCAGCCCAGAGCCCCCAGCAUUCUCUCCCAUGUCCUCCCAAAAGCUUGCGGGAAGGGGCCACCAUUCUCACCCACCCACAGGGGUACACGACGGCUCAGCAUGGGAGGGCUUGUCUUUUGUGGGUCCUCGGGAGCUCAGAGUGGGGGGCCGUGUCAGGUGAGGUUCUCAGUGACAUCUUGGUACACUGGUUGAAUGCAAGGAAUUUAUUUGGGGGGCCACCUAGGAAAACUGUAGUGAGGGGAGAAUAAGAUGGAGAAGGGGAACAAGCCCACAUAUGUGUCUCAGGUUGAAUGGUUUCCCUGCAAAUCCAUGUCCACCUGGAACCUCAAAAUGUGACAUUAUUUGCAAUAAGGUCUUUGCAGAUGUUGCUAGUUAAGGAUGGAGGAGACCCUAAGCCCAUAAUGGGGUCUGUAUGACAAGAGGAGAGGACAUUCUGGGGCGGCUACGUUGACAGCUCGGCGGCGUGGUGCAGCUGAACGUGGUGGAGAUCUGGAGAUGGCAGAGCGAGCAGUGGCGGAAGGCGCAGGAGGGCCCUGCCCCGCACCUCCAGAGGGAGUGAGGCCCUGCCCACACUUGACCCUGGGGUCCCGGCCUCCAGAACCGAGAGAGGAUACAUUUCUGUUGUUCUGAUGAGUUUAACUUCUGUUGUUGGCAACUUUGUGCCACUUUGUACGUCUCCAGUGACCCAGGGCCAAUUUUGUGCCCAGAAAGGCUGGACAGCGGGAGUGGCUGUGGAGCUGGGAACAGACGAAUUUGGGGCACGUGACGGAAAAUGCCUCGAUGUCCUCCAAGAGCUCCUCAGUAGAAAUAGGGACGAGGAAGGCUCAGGGGAAGUGAGGGUGGGAGAGACCGGGCUGAACCGUGCUCUCGGGUUGAGCGCAAAGGAGACAUCGUAAAGGACGAGCUUGGAUGUUUACCCGAGGACAUUUCCAAGCGAAGCUGCUUGUGGUAAAACCUUGGGGGGGGGGGGGCUGUUGGGCAAAAGGGAACCAACCUGCCCAGAUUGUUAAAUUAGGUCUGAAGAGACACCGAAGGUGCUGUGGGAACACCUGUUGCUGGAGAGAUUGGGGGUGUGACCCACAAGCCCAGCGCAGGGGCAGAGGUGGGGUCCCAGGCGAGGCCCAUGGGGCCUCUUAUCUGGUGUCAUGAACCCCGGUGGGGUGCCCAGGGCCCCAGAGAGCAGGGCCGCCGCCACGUGCCCGGAGGAUGGAGCAUCGGGCCACAGAGGAUUAUUCUCAGGCCCUGAAGUCUCUGCCGCCCGCUCCGCCGGGCUUCAGACUCGCUUGGGACCAGCGGCUCCCUCCUUCCGUCCGUUCUCCAUCUCCCUUUUGGAAUGGGUUAAGACCUGGGAGCGGCGGGGUUGGGGAGGAUAUAUUCUGAACACGAGACCAAAGUGACUUUUGACAGGGUCAGAGGACAGACUGGUGGGUUGAAUAGUGUGCCUCCAAAAUCCAUGUCCACCCGAAAUGUCAGAACGGACAUAAUUUGGAAAUAAGAUCUUUGGGGAUGUAGUUAAGAGGAGGAGGUCCCCGUGACGGGUGUCCCUGUAGGAAGAGGGAGAAGAUGCUCAGAGGGGAGGGCAGAGGCAGACACGGCACCAGCGCGGCCCCCGACAAGGAACAGCAAGUGCCCUCCUGCGGUCCUAAGCCCUUUGCUGCGGCGGCCUCAGGACGCUGACGCGGCGUGGUGUGGAGCCACUCUGGUCUGGAGGUAACUGGAGCGUGGCCUCUCUCCCUCCCGGCCAAGCCCCAGGGACACAAGGGGGGCUGGUGGCCGCCGUGGUCAGGAGCAGCACACACCACGGGGAGUACAGGUGUCUCCGUGCCGGGGCGCCAGGGGCUGGGGACCGGACUGGCACAAGGCGAUGCUGAGGAGGGGUGCGUGAGGCAGGGCGGCUUUGUUGGGACGUGGCCUGCUUGAGUAUCAGUAACUUUUCCCACAAAGUGGGAGGGAGGAGCCGUGCUGGGGGAGGGAGCCGCGGUCGGUCGGAUUCCCAGGAUGGAGAAGGUCUGCCGUUCUUCCCACUUGCCCAGGGACCUCCCGCAGGGGCCUCUCUCAGAAGUCCUUACCAUCGCGCCCGGGCUGAUGCUGGGUCUCUGUCUCUUGUAGCCGACUAGGGCAGCCCCUAAGCAAACUGUGUGGCUCACAGGCCUCAGCCUGUUUCUCACCCAUGAAAUGAAGACAGCCAAGUGCUUGAGAUGGUCACUGGAAAGCAUGGCUGUCGCCACAGAGAGUAAGGGGGCAAGAGCGGGUGCGCAGCCCCUUACCACUCUGCUGUCCAGCAGACCUGCUUCUCUGGAGGUGACACGGAGCCUCUCCUACGGCCCCGACUGUGGGCCUGCCAUGCUGGACAUGCUUAGAGGCACCGCCCCUCUAGUCAGCCUUUCAGCCCAGGUAGGCUAGUGCACUCAUUAUGCAGGUAGGCAAACCGAGGUACAGAGAGCCAGUCAGUCCCUGGCCACUGGGCCUUGGCGUGAAGGUCCGGGAGGAGCUGUGUUGUAGGGGCAGACCCUUCCCUCCCAGCCCCAGUGUCCCCGUCUGUGAAAUGAGAGCCCUCCCAGCACACUGCUCUGAUCUGUCCAUUUGGAUGGCCUUGGGCAGACUCCCAGGUCUCGUGAGGGGCUGCUCAAUAAGAGGCCCCAGAAGUGCCUCCCCAGGCCUGGGCCCCCGAGGUGCCUGCAGGAGAGCUCUGAGCAUUGGCAGGCGUGGCUUGGGUGAGGUGGGGACCAGACUGCCGGCCAGAAAGGGGCGGGGCUUGUCCAAGGCCACCCACAGGGCGACAAGGGGGCCUGGUGGGGGCCCCUGGGCACUGGGCCUGUGCUGGGAGGCCAGCUGGGAGCCCCUGGUGGGGGGACAGGCUCUCACACUUCUCUGGUGACUGGAGACCCACUGGGCAGGUGCAGGCUUCAAAGAAGCUUAGCCGGCUCAUGAGCGCUAAGCCCCUGGAUUGCCCUUGACCCUCCUGUGCACUUGCUACUGCUCGGCUUGCCCAGGAGCACUGGGCGCCGUGAAGACAAGCCUCCACCCCCGGCAGGGUCCGGAACCCUCUCAUCGUGGUGUGUGGCCGUGGAUGGGACAGUCCCCUUCCCUGUGCCUCAGUUUCCCUAUCUGUAAACGAGGGUCUCCCACAUCUUUUCACAGUGGGAUCCAGACUGUCCUGUGAAUGCGUGCAAUCCUUUAUAGGUGUCCUAACCUUAAACGUUUUACUAGUUUCCUGUUUUCUGAUCAGAGAACGGAUUCAUGCUUAUUGCAAACCUCAGAUGGCACAAAGAACAGUCAAGGGACAGCAAACAGUGACCUGCAGCCCAGCGGUGGGGACAGAGGAGCCCGUCAGGCCGUGUCCCUCCCGUGCCCGCUGUGUCCCAGCUCCUGGCGCCCACGAGGGGCUGAUGGGAUCUAGUCUGUGCAUCCAUCACCUGCUUUCACCCUCCAGGGAAGCACAUGGUCCUGAGGCCUGUCUCCCCCCAGGUGCCUUGCUCCAUCAUCCCUGUCAUUGUGAACCUGUGGGCAGCAGCUCGAUGUCACCUGGGGGACCCACCGCUCUCCCUCUUGAGGGCCCAGGCAAGCUGGCGUGUGCAGGCCACUGGCCGGGGAGGACAGCCGGGCAGUGAGAGCCGGGCCCUGGCAGGCAGCAGGCUCCAGGCUGGGGCUCACCUGCAGAAGGGGACCAGGCUGCCGCCUUCCUGUGGGGCAGCUGGAGGGCCCGUGUGCACGAGGGUGCCAUUGUGGGAAAAGUCCUCCCCACACAUUGAGCUCAUUGGAGCUACAAGCUCAGAUUACUUUAUUAAAAAUUGCUUUUAAUUAAAAAAAAAAAAAAGGCAAGCCUGUGAGGCCAC